AUGGCCACAUCUGUGUUGGGAGCUACAACUAGUUUCAAUGCGAUGAGUUAUGGGGCUGUUGGAAGUGGAAGAGCUUAUGACUCCCAAGCUUUUGUGAAGGCAUGGAAAGCCGUCUUCAUCUCGGCUAUAUAUUCUGGAAUGGUUGUUGCACCAAGGAAAACAGAAUGGGCAGGGAAUCAACUACAUGCAUGGCUCAUUUUUGCAAAUAUGAAUGGGCUAAUCGUAUCAGGGAAAGGGACCAUUAAUGGCCAAGUCUCUAAUCUCCGCGUAAUCGCACCUGGCACGAGCCCUAAUACUGAUGGCAUAGAAGUUUCUAGCUCGACAAAUGUUCAAAUCCAAAAUUCUUUCAUAGGAACUGGUGAUGACUGCAUAGCCAUUAGUGCUGGAUCUUCCAACAUUAAUAUUUCAGGAAUAACUUAUGCACCGGGACAUGGUAUCAGCAUUGGAGCCUUAGGACAUGGAGGUUACGACGUUGUAGAAAACGAACAUGUGAGGAAUUGUUCAUUGAGAAAUACAUUGACUGGAGUAAGGGUCAAGACUUGGCAGAGAGGAAAAGGAUAUGCAAGAAAAAUCGCUUUUGAAGGAAUAAAGUUUGUGGAUGUUCAUCACCCUGUUCAAAUAGAUCAAUAUUACUGCCCCUCUAGGGUUAAUUGCCAAAACUUUUUGCCUAGUAUUGCUUGA